AUGCAUAGAUCCCAGUAUAAGCCAUUGAAUAACUUAAAACGACGAAACGACAUUGUAGUAAAGCAAGCUGACAAAUGUCAAGGCAUUGUUGUAAUGUCAAGAGAAGUGUAUGAAGCUAAAGCAUAUGCAUUAUUAGAAGAUAAAGAGAGCUAUGAGGAACUUUCUAAGAAUCCAAUGUGGACAACAUACGAAACUAUCCGAGAUGAAAUCAAAGAUUUGAUAAAAACAGGGAAUAUCCCAAAAGAAUAUGUUUCAAGAAUCCGAUUGAGAGGUAGAACGAAACUACCGAUGUUCUGUAUUUUACCUAAGGUGCAUAAAAAGCUAUAUCCAGGAAAACCAAUUGUUUCAGGGAUCGGCCACUCAACAGAAAAACCAUCAAAAUUCCUGGAUUUAGUAUUGAAACCACUUGUUCAAAAAUCAUCAGAGAAAAGUUCCAUAUGUCAUUUUAUCAUAUUCUUGAUAGCACAACACGCUUGA